UGCCACGGACCAGCAGCGGACUAGCUUCGGGAUUGGUUCCUACUUCAGGCCGGAUCUCCUCAUACAGGAUUCGUCAGAGGAUGACGAGGUGGAAGUGCAGGAGGCUCCAGUUACUACAUCCCUGUCUGCCCAAAUGCAAGUGGUGGCAGACAUCCAGGAAGGGCAGAAUCCCUCAACUGUUCAGAGGGUUCACACCCUGGCAUCGGAGAUUGGGACCCGCCAGGAUACGUACACAAAUGUCGUGGGAAGCAGACUGGACAAUAUUGAGAGGACAAUGGAGAAGAUGUCAAACAGUCUGCUUGAACUGCAGAAGACUCUUUCCGACAGCACGGCCACAAUGCUACAGGUCAGAAUGCAAGAUCAGAGGGAUACUAUGGAAGUCCUUCACAUUCUGGCCGAAUCCAUGACCCGGCUCGUGGACAACACCUCAUGUCUGAAAGAAAGCAAUACUAACAUGUCGGAGAGCCAUCGACAAUCUUCAUCCAGCCAACAGGUCAUCGUAACCACACUGCAGAUGAUCUAUGAUAAGCUCCCAGGACCAGCUCAUCAACACGCUGGUGAUCCACCAUAUCCGCCGUCGCAAGCCACAAGGACGCCUCGUACCCUUCCUCAAGUACCAUCCCAGUACAGACAGUCACAGAUGUACCAGGGAUAUACAGGGAUGUAUCCCACCCCCCAGAUGCCUCCACCACCGGCUGCACAAUCUACAGCCGCAUGGGCACAGAGGCCCAGUCAACGUACUACCCAGCCUCCCAGGACAUCGACGCCCCAUCAGGGGGAAGAAGAUAAUCCGGACAGACUUCCACCAUAAACCCGGUCGUAUUGUUUUAUUUAUUUAUAUAUGUUUUUCAUGUAUCCCUUUCUUCCCCUCCCAUUAGUUUUUUUUUUCUUUCUUACUAUUGUUUUCUGUGUUGGUCUCCCCCACCCGUGACCGGGUACUACCAAGGAGCUUUGUGUAGGCAUACAUGCGCGGGCAUGUAUGCGGGCGCAUGUGGUAACGGAUGAAAGCUCCUUGUGGCUACAUGUAUGAUGGGCCAAAGAGCUAUUCUGAUACCACUUUUUUCUUCCAAAAAUCCUUUUUGUAAUGGUGUACAGUAGGCUUUCAUUGUGUGAAUUUACUAUUCACUAGUCUGUGUUUUUUACUUAUUCAUAGGAUUGGUGGGAAAAAUGAAGUGGACGGCAUAAAUUCGUGUUGUGCGUACCAAGAUAUCUAUAUACACAAGAAAAAGAAUGUAAAGAAGAACAAACUAAUUUUUUGUUUUAAUUAACUUUCAAAUUUUAUUUAAAAAAUAAAUUCCUUUUUUUUUUUCUUCAAUAAACUUUCAAAAAUAGAA